AUGUCUACGUUCGCGAAGGCGCUGUCCCCCGCGGUCAGGGAGCUUCGCAUCCUCUGCUGCCAGACCGGUCCUGCGUCCGCCGGCACGCGGCAGUUCAUCACCUCGCACUACGCCACCAUGAAGCAGGCGAACCCGGACCUCCCCAUCCUCAUCCGCCAGGCGAGCGGGACCCCCGCACGCGUGUUCGCGCGCUUCGAGCGUGGCGUGGAGAAGCACGUCGAGGUCGAGGGCCUGUCGUCCGCGGACGUCGCGGCGCGUGUGUCGCAGCUCGUGGGCUCCGCGUGA